AUGGCGAGGAACUAUAAGAGGAAAACUGAAAAACCAAAGAGCAUCAAAACAUUAUUCUAUACCAAAGGCAACAUUAUAGAUCACUUAAGAGCAGACGAGGAUAAAAAAUCUAGUACUUAUGGGCGUCCACCUGCAUUGACCAUAGCUGUAGAAGAGAAUUUGGCAGAACUACUUAAAACUAAGGAAAAGUUUGGCUAUGCUUUGAGCCGAAAAGAAAGCUCUUGUAGAGAAAAAACUUCUGUUCUCAUGUCGUGUAAUGCUUCUGGUGAAAAGGGACCACCUCUAAUUAUUUUUAAAGGUAAAAGUGUGUGGGAUAAGUGGGUUGGUGAAAAAUCUAACUUCCCAGGAACCACUUAUGCCGCAACUGAAAAUGGUUGGAUGGAAAAACAAGUUGGAAGAAAAAAGUCAUCGAAAAGAAAAGUAACUAGUGGAGCAUCAGUUAUAACGUCUGAAGAAGCUGUUCAAAUGUUAAGGGAAAAAGAUAAUGAAAAGAAAAAGCGUGUAGCAACAAUACAAGAAGACACAGAGAGAAAUGCAAAUGAGAUUAUUGAUGAAGUUAUAAACAAUAAUUUAAACUUUUAUGACGAUCUACUUUUAAAUUUGAGUGUCUGUUCCAAUGAAGUGAACUUGUUAAAUGAAAUAGAAAGGGAUAUGAAUUGGACGUUGCAAGAGAAUCUUGAAAGAUCCGAGCAAUCAGACUGGAGAUUGGCUUUUGAUAAAAAUAUUAUGUUGGUAAAAAAUUCUACAUCUUCAUUGCAUAACGAUGACAUCGACGAAAUUGAUAGAAUAAUAUGUAGAUUACCAGAACCCAGUAUUGGAAGAAGAGGUGAAAUGGUCUUUGCAAAAUCAUUUGCUCAAUAUAAUUUGGCUAAGUAA